AUGUCGAUAUUCGAGACCCCGCCAUCGCAACGGCAGUUCCAAUCCUCAGUCUACGCGGCGCCCGCCGCAAACACUCUGUACCCAGAACUACCAACCGAGCUACGGACACCAGCAAGAACUAGUAAUACAUACGGGGGUCCUCCCGGUGCCCCUGCUGGCUUCGUGACCCCCGAGCGUCCGGCGGAUAUGGCAGCGCAUCCGCAACAACAGCAGCAACUGCAAAAGGUCCCGCCUACCACAGACAACCUAAGCCCUGUUGCGCGCGCCGCAAGGACCGUAAAUGAGUACCUGACCACCGAGGCACGGUAUCCGCAGCUGGAUGAUAUUGUAUCUCAGGGCCAGUCGUCAGAUUAUGAUCUCCCAAGGUCUCCGGCGUGGGAGCCGUUUCAAAGGUCGUUCAGCCAUACGAUCCCGGAUUCAAUUUUCGAACAGUAUAACCGCGCAACGUCACACACGCUUAUGGGCCUGUUUGCGGAGUUGAAGCAGGCAUGGAUUACGGUUGAUAAUCGGUUGUAUCUGUGGGAUUACACAACUCAAGGCUCGUUCCAGGGCUAUGAGGGCCAACCUAACAAUAUCACAGCGAUGCGCCUUUUGACACCAAAGAAGGGUGUAUUUGUUGAGAGCGUGAACUAUGUGCUAGUUGUGGCGACGACGGUCGACAUCUUCCUGAUGGGAGUGGAGGCGGUGACGAAUAGCAGGGGUGGGAAGGAUGUUAAGCUUCUCACUUCGCCACUGAGCGUUCCAACCAAAGGACUGGGGGUUAGUAUCAUUGAGGGGAGCAAGAAUACUGGAAGGAUCUUUUUUGGCGGAAGAGGCGAUAAUGAUGUUUAUGAAUUUACAUAUCAGGUACAAGAGAAAUGGUUUCAUGGAAAGUGUGGGAAAAUUUGUCAUACAAAUGGUGGUGUUUCAUCGUUUACCCCAAGACUCCCGUUUUGGGGCAGUCCUAAAGACACCGAAUACAUCGUACAAAUGGUUAUGGAUGAUACACGGAAUCUUCUAUAUACUUUAUCAUCUAAAUCGGCAAUCAGGGCUUUUCACGUCAAGGGAGAUACCACUCUCCAGCUAACUAUUACCCACUCCUUCUCACAUACCUUGGCAAAUAUCAGGGUCAUGAUUGGAAACACACCAUUACUGGAGCCUAAAACUCCCAUUAUUGCCAUUAGCCCUGUCACCUCAUCUGAAGCUCGCCGUACACAUUUGAUUGCUGUUACGACCUCAGGAUGUAGACUGUACAUGAGCGCCGUAACUUCAGAGUAUGGUUUUGGGGGCACCGAUGCCGCACCAACAGCCAUGCAGGUUAUUCAUGUCCGUUUCCCACCAUCAGGAACUGGCCAGAGUUCUCUCAAGCCUACAAGAAAAGCUAAGGUUUUUCCACCUGGGUACUUCUUCUGCUUCGUAGACAAGCCAGACUCGAACGUUGAUGAACUAUUCCUGUCCGCCCCUGACUCUGGGAAGAUUGCAUUACUGGCCGAGAGCGGAACCUCUAGGCUUCAACUUGCCGAGACAGGCAUGACAUUGCAGCUUGAUUCCCGUGUAGAAGCCGUUGAGCUUGUUUCUGCCCCCUUUGGCGCCAGCAAAGGACCCAACGGGUUCGGGAACGAGGCUGCAGUGCAGUAUGAUAUGGCCCCAACUGAGGUCGCGAUCUUGACAAACUCGGGGAUCCACAUUAUCAAGAGACGAAGACUUGUGGAGGUAUUUGACGCUGCCAUCCGCUAUGGCUCAGCUGGCUCCCCACUUGGUGUUGAGGGUGAGGUGCGGAAAUUCUUUGAGACAUAUGGGCGGGGAGAGGGAUGUGCAUCUGCGCUUGCUGUUGCAUGCGGCGCUAGCAUCGAGGUUAACCAGAUGCAAGCGCGUAUCACUGACGUUGAGGUGUGCGAUCUUGCACGUAAAUACUUUAUUGAGUUCGGCGGAAAGCCGCGCACUGAAAGUGUCUAUGACUCAUACGACCAAUCCGCGCUGCCGAGCUUGGAUAACAUCAAGGUUUCCGGCAGAGCGGAGGGUAUUGCGCUUUAUAUCUCAAGGAUCGUCAGGUCGAUAUGGAAGAGCGUUAUGAUUGUUGAAGCCCCCGGCCCCGUACCCAUGUACAAGAGCAAUAUUCCAAUUCCCAAGCUGAAGGGGAUCCAGGAGCAGCUAGUCAGGCUGGCGAAGUUCUUGCAAACAAAUCGCAGCUUCAUUGUCGGUCUGUCUGGCGCGGAGUCGCUCAUGGGGUUGGGAAGCCGCGUUGAGGAGGUCGCUCAACAAGCUGAACAUCGCAUGCUUCAUGCGCUUCUUGCCCUAAUCGAAAGUAUGAUUGAGGGAAUUUCCUUCGUCCUUUUCUUGUUUGAUGAUAAACUCGACGAUAUCAUUGCUAGCCUGCUCCCAACCCAGCAGGAGGAGGUCAAGCGAAUUACUUAUGAUGGGCUCUUCACUACCGAGAGUGGACAGGCGCUCGCGAAGGAUCUCGUCACCGCUAUCGUGAAUAGAAAUAUCGCGGCAGGGAUGAAUGUAGAUACAAUCGCGGAUGCGCUCAGGAGACGAUGUGGAACUUUCUGUUCGGCUGAUGAUGUAGUGGUAUUUAAAGCCAUCGAGCAGGUCCGUAGAGCAAAGAACGAGACGUCAGACCCGGACGCUAGAAACAAACUGCUCAGGGAAUCAUUGAGGCUCUUCGAGGAGACGGCAGGAAGCUUGACCAUGGAGAACCUGAGGGAUACUCUGGAGCAUUACCGGGAAUUGGGCUAUUACCCAGGCGCGGUACAGUUGGCAUUGAAGGUUGCAAAUGAACAUGAUAGGGGCAAUGAAGCCCUUGGGUUUCUAGCUGAUGGCGGUUUAGAUACUGAUCCGAGAGCUAGCUUUUAUCAUAAGCGGGUCGAGUGCUAUCGUCUGAUUUUCGAGGUCCUUGAGGAGUUGGAUCUCGUGUUUGGCACUGUGCCAGAAAUGAUCGACGGGGUUCCUAGUCCAGCCACACGUAUUCGCAACGAAACAUGGACCCUUGUCCAUAGCUCCACCGACGAGACAUUCCACAAUACCCUUUAUGACUGGCUCUUUACACGAGGUGGUGGGGGUAGCAGUGAACGUCUCCUUGACGUGGACUCGCCGCAUGUUCUUUCUUACCUCAAACGUACCUCCAUAAACUCACUUCCCCACUACGAGUUAUUAUGGCAGUAUUACGCCCGCCGUGAAGAUUACUUUGCCGCGGCGGAGGUACUUCAUAAGCUCUCACAGAGCGAUUUUGACCUAACACUGGGCAAAAGAUUGGAGUUUUUGAGUCGUGCGAGAGGUUUCUGCCACAGUUAUGGACCUAUGGGCACAAGACAGAAGAUGAACGAGUUGAGCCACAUGAUCCAGGAAGAAUUAGAUGUAGCAGCAAUUCAGGAUGACAUAUUGAAGAAAAUUAAGGACGACGAUAGGAUUACCCCAGCGAAAAAGGAGAAAUUAUCAAAGGAGCUAGAUGGGAACUUGCUUAGUCUAAGUGAUCUUUUCAACAAAUAUGCGGAUCCAUAUGGAUACAUGGAAAUCUGCCUUGCCAUCUUCCAAGGCGCAGAUUACCGCGGUGCCAACGAGAUUAGAAAAUGUUGGGAACAGCUCAUCUCUCAAGUCCAUGCGAAAGCCGUUGCCAGCCAGCGAGUGCAGCCCUUCGAGAUUGUCGCUGACACUGUUCGUCGUCUCGGUGCUCGCUUCUCAUUAUCAGAAUAUAUCUUCCCUCCAAAUGAUCUCGUCCCUCUUCUUGAGAUAUACGCCUACGAGAAUCAGCGCGAUGUUGGCCCGCCUACAUGGGUCGUUGAUACUCUGUCGGAGGCCGGGAUUGCAAACGAGACAAUUCUGAGAAUACUCGAUGAGAUGUUCUGGCGCGACGAGGUCCCAUUUAAGGGAACCGCAAGGAGAAGGCUGGUACGCGAUGCCGUCUUCGUGGCGGAGAAAUGGUUCGCAGCCGCCGUGAGAAGAGGCGGCGAGGCUGCGCUGAAGACAGAGAUGGUGAAGAAUGUGUUACAUCAAUUCGCGCAGGCGAUUCCAGACGGCGCAGACAAGGAGAGGAUCGUGAGGUUGAUUGAGGAGAUCACAAAAAGGCUAGGAUAA